UUAACCUCAGACAUUUUUGACUUUUAAAUCACGGUUCAUUAUUAUCUUGUUCAUUAACAAACGUUCAACUGACCAGAUUCCUGACACCUCAUAUCCUUUGCACGAUAAUACAGGACUACAAUAAUUAUCUAUACAGCGGGGUGAUGUAAUAAAUAACGAAUUAUUGUAAAAUGUCUGCCCAAGCGUGGAAAGGAUGCGCGCCUUUAUAUAGCAGUCGAAUUGUUCAGAAAUCUAGUUUCACCUACAAGUGGACAUACAUCGCUGGAAAAAUGAAGUGCGCUGUGGCUAUCGUACUUGCUUUGAUCGGGCUAGCUUUGGCUCAUCCGUCGGGAUAUGGCAUCAGCCUAGCGCAACCCCUCGUGUUACCGUCGGCCGUUUCCGUUAGCUCCAGCAUCAUCAAUCACGGAUACUCCAUACCCCGUAUAACCUCCAUUCCAAUCAUCACCCCGAUCAUUAAGCCCAUCAUUGCCACCCCGAUUAUAAAGCCCAUCAUUAGUGUACCAAUCAUCAAAACGCCACUGAUAAGCACCCUCGGCUUAGGUGGUCUAGGUCUCCACUAAACUCGAACUGCGAAGUAGCUCCAACGAUUACUGUUUCUCUUUUAUGUUAUCGUUUCAAAUGUGAUUUUCUAAUAAAAUAUUUAUUGCC